GCUAAUAGUAGACUUACCUCUUCUUGUUUCUAGUCCACAUGCAUGUAGGCCUAUCUGCUAGAUCAGUUCAACGAGGCCUAUCCCCUGGUCUUUGCAAAGUUUAUUGGCGUAUGACUACGUGGUGUGAAAUAGGCUAGUGGCAUUUUUUUGUACAUUCGGUGUUUGAUUUUGAGAAAUGCGAAAUCAUCUAUUUGUAGCAGUAAACAUAACAUUUUUGGGUAACCUAGACAAUGCCGUCCUUAUUACUGUUCAGUUCGUAGAGGCACGGUUUAAUUUAACCAUUGAUACGAGGCCUAGUAUAGGCUGUUCGAUAGAUUCUGGCUUCACGUAAACAAACAUGUAUAACAUCUUCAACUUCGGUAACAAAUAGGCUCGAGUAGCCUACGUUUAAGAACAGUUACCACUCGGAUAUUAGGCUUUUCCAAGUCCAACUAGUAGCAUUUUACAAUGUGAAUGUGAGACAAAGCUGAGGCGAGUCGUGAAAUGGAUUCUUUGAAACACUGUAACCGAGUUUGCUACAAUGUGGUAAUUCCCGUAUGAUUAAUAUUUGGCGGCAGCGGCGGCGUUUGAUUGUCUGGAAGGAAUGCAUGAGCCUAUUGUAACGAUUAAUGAGUUACCCGAAGGAGCAGUCAAGUCCCCCUCCAACAAGUACCAAGUAUUCUUCUUUGGGACACAUGAGACUGCAUUCCUGGGUCCCAAGGACUUGUUCCCCUAUGAGGAGGGCAAGGAGAAGUUUGGCAAGCCCACCAAGAGGAAAGGCUUCAGUGAGGGUCUAUGGGAAAUUGAGAACAAUCCUACGGUGAUACACGAACCCGCAGGUUAUGAGCUGGCAAAGGAGACCCCAGCAGAGGGGGCAGUGGAAGCAGGUGUGCCGCGAAAGGGGAAUGCAGAAGGAAGCAGUGAUGAGGACGAAGGGACCCUCAUCAUCGAUGAGAAGACCGACAGGGGAGGGGCCAAGAGGAAAGCUGGGGAUUCCGUCGAGAGCUCUCCUAAACGACCUAAGGACACAGAGAGCAAAGGUGACUCGAAGGUGGAUAGCAAGAAGUCUGACACCGAGCUGAAGCUCAAUGACAAGGUAGGGCCUAAGCCCACAGCGCUGUCUUCUGCAGGUGAACCAAAGCCAGAGAGCCAAGCAAAACCACCGACCGAGGCCCAAUUAACAUCAGAGAAGCCUGUGACUGACAGUGCUUAACAGCAACCCUCCGAGGAUGACCAAGGACCCGUGGUUCUUUUCCAUGGAAUUUUGGGCAUCAACAUAAUUAGCUAAUCUUUGAAUGCUAGGUUUCUGCUGUUAUUAAGUAACUGGAAAGUGUUAAGACCUAUAUAGAAAUUGUACAGGCCAAACAAACUUACUUGCCAGUUGGGGGUAUUGAAUAUCCCAGGAUUUAAAUUGUUGUCAAACCAAUAGUGAGGAGAAAUGCAAUGCUCAAGAGGAAAUGGGUUUCGGAUGUAUACAUUUUUUUUUUUAAAGUGCAAUUAUGAAGUCUAGCUGCUAGGUGUCAAAAUGCAUUACAGUUUAGAGAGUACACACGCCCGCCGGUUUCUUAACAAUCUGAACAUAAGCAAACAAAAACACAAUUUUGGGGAAAAUCUUUUGACCAUCACAUUCAUAAUGCUUUUUCAUUUAACAUGAGAAUCCUGCUUAUCCUGUUUUAAAUACGUUUUUAGUUUUGUGGUUCGUUGGUUUGAGAAUAUUAGAUAGCUUUUUAUCUAUGACGGUGUGCUUUAUAAAAAGAACACAUCUUUAUGUUCUUGGCUUUAAGGUGUGUACAGUGCAUUCGGAAAGUAUUCAGACCCCUCCACAUUUUGUUCCAUUAUAGCCUUAUUCUAAAAUGGAUUAAAUAGUUUUUUUCCCCUCUUCAAUCUACACACAAUAACUCAUAAUGGCAAAGAAAAAACAGGUUGUUUUGAAAUUUUUGCAAAUGUAUUAACAAAUAAAUACAUAUCACAUUUGCAUAAGUAUUCAGACCCUUUACUCAGCACUUUGUUGAAGCACCUUUGGCAGCGAUUACAGCCUUGAGUCGUCUUGGGUAUGAUGCUACAAACUUGGCACACCUGUAUUUGGGAAGUUUCUCCCCUUCUCUGCAGAUCCUCUCAAGUUCUGUCCUGUUGGAUGGGGAGCGUCACUGCACAGCUAUUUUCAGGUCUCUCCAGAAAUGUUCGGUUUUAAGUCCAGGCUCUGGCUGGGCCACUCAAGGACAUUUGGAGAAUUGUCCCGAAGCCAUUCCUGCGUUAUCUUGGUAGGUGAACCUUCACCCAAGUCUGAGGUCCUGUGCACUCGGGAGCAUGUUUUAAUCCCCAUGUACUUUGCUCCGUUUAUCUUUCUCUCAAUCCUGACGAGUCUCCCAGUCCCUGCUGCUGAAAAACAUCCUCACAGCAUAAUGCUGCCACCACCGUGCUACACCGUAGCGAUGGUGCCAGGUUUAUUCCAGAUGUGACACUUGGCCUUCAAGCCAAAGAGUUCAAACUUUGUUUCAUCAGACCAGAGAAUCUUGUUUCUGAUGGUCUGAGAGUCAUUUAGGUGCCUCCAAGCAGGCUGUCAUGUGCCUUUUACUGAGGAGUGGCUUCCGUCUGGCCACUACCAUAAAGGUCUGAUUUGGUGGAGUGCUGCAGAGAUGGUUGUCCUUCUGGAAGGUUCUCCCAUCUCCACAGAGGAACUCUGGAGCUCUAUAAGAGUGACCAUUGGAUUCUUGGUCACCUCCCUGACCAAGGCCCUUCUCCCCCAAUUGCUCAGUUUUGCAGGGCAGCCAGCUCUAGGAAGAUUCUUGGUGGUUCCAAACUUUUAAGAAGAUGGCCACUGGGUUCUUGGGGACCUUCAAUGCUGCAGAAAUGUUUUGGUACCCUUCCCCAGACCUGUGCCUGGACAAAACCCUAUCUCGGAGCUCUACUGACAAUUCCGUCGACCUAAUGGCUUGGCUUUUGCUCAGACAUGCACUGUCAACUGCGGGACCUUAUAUAGACAGGUGUGUGCCUUUGUCCAAUCAUGUCCAAUCAAUUGAAUUUAUCACAGGUGGACUCCAAGUUGUAGAAACAUCUCAAGGAUGACCAAUGGAAACAAUGGACCCUGAGCUCAAUUUCGAGUGUCGUAGCACAUGGUCUGAAUACUUAUGUAAAUAAGGUAUUUCUGUUUUUAAUAUUUUAUACAUUUGCAAACAUUUCUAAAAUCCUGUUUCGCUUUGACAUUGUGGGGUAUUGUGUGUAGAUUAAUGAGACAAAAAUAAUAUUUAAUACAUUUUAUAAUAAGGCUGUAACGUAACAAAAUGUGGAAAAAGUCAAGGGGUCUUAAUACUCUCCAAAUGCACUGUACAUAAUAGUAAUUGUACUUAAGUUUUUCCUCGGCCUGACUUUGAAAUAGGUGAUGUAUUUUCUUACUCGUGGUGUGUUUCACUUUUAAGAUAUUUAACUUUUCUUAGAUCACUAGCAAGUUGUCGCUAGCAAAACUAUCGCUUUAAAGCUACAUAACAUGUUGCAUGCUGCCUGUACAUGGGAGGUGACCAAAUGUCUUCAUUGACACUUAGAUCCCAUAGAAUUAACUUUUUAUUGAAUGUCACAAAUCUAUUCACAUAAACACAAGAGAACAAAACCACUUUGCAAAGCCCUGUCUUAACCUGUUACACUCAUACCUAUAUAUUGGUUGAAAAAUGCCUGAUAAGCAACUAAAUUGGAAGGCAGUGGCUAUAGAGUAACAUGCUAUAAAUGACGUCAGAGCUCAGGUUCUGUGCUUCACAGUGCUGUAUGGGUUUUGACUGACAGCCGUUCUAAACUUGAGUACUGCACACGAGAGAGACGUUGCCCCCAUCCCUCCCGCUAAUUGGAUAACUUUGGCAAAUUUGUCUGAGCCUCUUUACAUUUUAAGAGGACUCAAUGUAUUUUGAAAGAUGAGAUGUUGACGAUAAUAAAUACUGUUUUGAUGUCCAUCAAGCAAGCCAAACACCCGUGAGUCCAAAUGUGCACCUCACAUUUCCAUAACGUAAAACUCAUGUCAUAUACAGGGUCAACGUUUAUGAUCACUAUGUUUGAUGUACAGUUACAAGAUGACAUGGCGUCAUACCCUGGGUGGUUCUGAACAGAAUGAGCCUGUGUUUGUCUAUUGUGAAGCAAAUUUGUUGCAGUUCACGCAACUGAAUGCACUUGACUCCUUUUCUAUGCACACCAAAAUUACUAUCCGUUUCUCUGAAUUGCCUUGUAAAAGCCUAACCUUGUAAGAUUGUACUUUAUAAUUUAGCUAGUGAUGUUGGCAAUAGAACAAGCUUUCAAAUUAUGCCAACCUGACCCAGAUUUCAAAUUAUAAUGGUCUGAUUUGGAUUGCAUAAACAGUAAUUGUGUGAUGGCGUGGAUGCAGGGUUGUGUUCCAAACAAAACGACUACAAGUGUGCUUGCUCUAGUUCCUCAAUGGCACAGCUAGGAGAGCUUUAAAAAAAGCACCCUAUCGUUGACGACUCUUCUUCUUAAUAAAUUGCACCUACCUGGUGUCCCAGGUUUUACUCAGUCCCUGAUUAGAGGGAAGGAAUAGUACAUUUUUUUCUUAAGCAGUGGAAGUGGCUUCAAGGUUCAGAUUUGAAAAUGAGGGUUUUAUGGUAAGGUAUCGCUCAUGUCUUAAAUAUAUUUCUUGAUAGUUCAUGUUAAUAUCCACUGCACUGUUAAUUUGUCCAUACAUGUACAAUGUCAUCCAUCUUUUAUGGUGCUUUAAUGGUGACAAUGUAAUGAGAAGGACAUCAGCCAAUGUCCAACAAGAUGGUGUCCUGGUUAUUGUAAUAUUGGGCCACUUGUGAAAACAUAACACUUCAACACUGUGUAGACGACCUGUCUGGGUACAUGGUUGUUACGAUUCUGAUUUGGUAGUUGCUUUGCUUUUUUAUUAUACUAUUCACUGUGGGACAUGCUUUGAGUGUGUACUGUGUGUACCUUGAUGUUUCGGUAUGAGUGACUUGUCCUUCAUGCCUUUUUGAACUGGAGCAAAGAUACCUUUUUGAUUGAGUAUUGUCCUAUGAUUUUGGAUGCUAAACCAAAUUUUGUAAGAUUAAUUUUACUAUUAGCUUGUAAGAAUAACCCUUUUGUUGAUGUUUGAAAUACAAUAUGGUUUUUUUUCGGGGAGCCCUUUCUCUCAUCUUAUUGGUCCCUCCCUUAUUUGUAUGUUAUUUGUAAUUGUCAUUGUGGGGGAUCCCUGUGUGUUCUGGUUUGUAUGAUUGGAUGACAUUCAUUCGUUGUGGCCCAUGUUUGGUGAAAUCCAUAUCUGCAUUCAAUCAGGUCUUUCGAACUCCAUAAGUCAUUAAUUGACUCGUUUUGAAAACCACGACUCACAGGGGCGCUGCAGGACCAGGCCUUAGAACUGCUUUAAGUCUGUACUGAAUAUGGCCCAGACCUUUACUUGACCCUUUCUUUUCAACUGCUGGACUGUCACUCAUUCAUAGAUAACGUUGUAUGCUGACUGACCUACUACAUGAUUCUGGAGCUUUCAUUGUUUUUCCCUUCUACAUUUCAACUUUUAAAACCUAAUGCUGUCAGAACGAUUCCAAAUGUUUUUUGGGUCAUUGCCACAUCCUCACCACCUUUGCAAUUCACAGUGGACGUAAAGAGAUAAAAAAUGGCCUGAUUGCCAGUUCGCCACCACGCUUCUUGCUUGGUUCUACCAUUGUAGCGAGCCACCAGUCCAUUUGGUUAAACUCAAUAAACAUGUUGAUGACAAAAUGA